AUGCCCGGAACGUCCAGGAUACCGCAGAGCCUGAGAGAUGGCCUUAUCAGUGUCAAAAGAAACAGACCAACCAGCGUCGUACAGCUUCUGAGCAUUGACCUGCUCCGAAACAUAGUCUUCACGCUCUUUGUGCUACGAUGGACGCGGCGCGCCUUUUGGAAACUUCGGGGUCGUGGGCUCCUGGGCUGGCUUGCCGAGCUAUACGCUGCGGUGCGGGUCACGGCGUACGGGUGGCUACUUCGCGCCCCCGGCGUGCGCAACAAGGUGCGAUCACAGGUUGAUACAGCUCUGUCUAAGCUUAGCAAGAAGACGCUGCCGCCGCCCGAGGCCCCGCGCUACUUGCAAAUUCCCAAACAGGGUUGGGCUCAUGAGACGGUGCGCGCAGAGCUCGAGUCGCUCGCCAACAUGGACCACACGCGUUGGGAGGAUGGUUACGUCUCGGGUGCCGUCUACCACGGCGAGGACGAGCUCAUGAGUCUGCAAACGGAGGCGUACGGCAAAUUCACUGUUGCCAACCCCAUCCACCCCGAUGUCUUCCCCGGCGUGCGGAAGAUGGAGGCUGAGGUGGUGGCCAUGGUCCUAUCCCUCUUCAAUGCCCCCGUGGGUGCUGCGGGUGUCUCGACGUCUGGUGGUACCGAGAGUAUCCUGAUGGCGGUGUUGAGUGCCCGCCAAAAGGCCUACAAUGAAAGGGGUGUCACCGAGCCUGAGAUAAUUCUUCCCGAGACAAGCCAUACCGCUUUCCGGAAGGCUGCCGAAUACUACAAGAUCAAGGUCAACUUCGUUGCUUGCCCAGCUCCCGACUACCAAGUCGAUGUUUCUCGGGUGCGCCGGCUGAUCAAUGCCAACACCAUUAUGCUUGUUGGCUCAGCACCCAACUUCCCUCAUGGCAUCAUUGACGACAUCUCAGGCCUUUCCAAGCUUGCAGUCCGCUACAAGAUUCCUCUCCACGUCGACUGCUGUCUAGGUUCAUUCUUGGUUCCUUUCCUUGAGCGGGCCGGCUUCGAGACCCGGCCUUUCGACUUCCGGUUGAAGGGCGUUACCUCCAUCAGCGUCGACACUCACAAGUAUGGCUUCGCCCCCAAGGGCAACAGCACUGUGCUCUACCGGACCGCUGAACUUCGCAAGUAUCAGUACUUUGUGUGCCCCGACUGGAGCGGCGGUGUCUACGCCUCCCCCGGAAUUGCUGGCUCUCGACCCGGUGCCUUGAUCGCGGGCUGCUGGGCCAGCAUGAUGGCCGUGGGUGAGGCCGGAUACCUAGCCGCUUGCGUCGAGAUCGUCGGCGCCGCCAAGAAGCUUGUGGACCACAUCAACGCGUCACCCAGCCUGGCCGCCGAGCUCGAGAUCAUCGGCAAGCCCCUCUCCUCGGUCGUUGCCUUCCGCGCACGCAACCUCAACAUCUACGACAUUGCCGAUGCCAUGGGCGAGAAAGGCUGGCACCUCAACUCCUUGCAGAACCCGCCAGCCAUGCACGUGGCCUUCACUCUACCCACUGCUAAGGUCUGGGAGCGCCUGGCCUCGGACCUCGAGGCCUGCGUCGAGGGCGAGCGCGAGAAGGAGCGUGCUAGGAUCGCCGAGGGCAAGGGCGCCAAGGGCGCGGCAGUCGGCGACUCGGCUGCUUUGUAUGGCGUCGCCGGCAGCUUGCCCAACAAGAGCGUCGUCGUUGAGCUGGCCAAUGGCUUCCUUGACCUGCUUUACAAGACUUGA